CUCACCAACACGCCCCUCGCAAACCAUCCGAGGGAUCACCUUGCAAUUUGAUCUGUGGUACAACCCUCGUCAACAUGGCCGACAAACUUCGUACCCAGCAGCAACUCGAGUCGCUCCAGAAUAAAUACAUCGGCACUGGACACGCCGAUACUACCAAGCACGAGUGGACCUCCAACAUUGCUCGCGACUCCUAUGCUUCAUACCAGGGCCACCCACCGCUUCUCCACUACAUGGCAAUAGGAAUGGGCAUGCCUACCGAAAAGGUUAGGUUGAAUCUCAUGGAGAAAAUGGUGCUGCCAGUUGGGCCGGCGCCAGUCGUGGAGGAAUGAUCGGGUUUCUGCAAAUUUUGCCGUAAACCAUGAAGAUAUCAGCGAGCUGCUGCUCCUCUCGAGCACAAGAUACUCAUGAGGCCUUGGAGUGAAGUUGGUCUCGCUUAAUUCGUCCGGCGAUUCCGGCACGCGCUUACACUGCUCACAAACACGUCGGCGGAGAACUUGACUGCAGUCAACUCGAUAUGUAAAAGGCUACGGAGAGGGAUGGGGAAGGCAAAGGCUACCAAAACAGCGUCGGAGGGACCGCUGAGGUGAAGAUAUACCACCAUGUGGAGAUGCAGGGCAACAGAGAAGGAAUGUCCGAAUGCAGCAGCACCGCCAGCUUGGUCGCUGCAUUGAGGUGAAGCAUGGAUUUGGUCAAAGUCUUCUUAGCUGCGUGACUGGUCUUAUGCGCCAUCGCACAUGAAUGAUCAAGCCCACGGCUGCCUUUCAGCCAACGUGCCCAUUUCCUCUUUGCGCCCAUCGCUCAAGUACCUCCAGGCCCUUUUGCCUAUGCACAUCUGGUAAGUGCUGAAAUGCACGACACUUUCCGCUCAAUUUGUUUCAUCCGAUCUUUUGAAACACACUGGGAGAUGACCAGUUGCAGCGUUUGCCUUGCUUUGUGAGCUCAGACUUAAAUCUGUACAUGGGGUCGAACGUUAUUUAUUGCAGGCUCCAAAAUGAGCGCAACGCAAGCUCUGAUGUCGUACGGUUCGCAGCUUGCUACCCGUGGUGAGUGCCGAUUUACACUUGCGUAUCAUCGAGAUGUCUGUGAGCUCGCUGGCAUUGUUCAUGGCUUUAAUAGCCAACUCGUCGACGAGAGGUUGGAAUCCGGAAAUCUGAUGUCCAAUGUCGGAUUCGCUGGGCGGCUUAACAGCCAGAAGUGGCAGCCUCCAAGCCUUCUUGCGCCAUUCUUUCCACCGCCUCUGGUUUUAGGAUGUCCUUGCGAAAUUGUUCCUGUUUGAGUAGAUCAAGAGCCCGCAAGGUUGGACCUGGGUAUUGGAGAAAGCGGACAUAAUUCGGCUGCCGAAAGUAUUGCAGAUAGUCAAGGUACGCAAGGAACUCGUCAUUGUCGAGCAACUUUUGGGCCGCUAGAUGCUGUAGGUAGUGGGGAUUGGAUAACAUUUGCACAAAUUCGAGCUCGAGCGUGAAUCUGUCGUGACCGCCGUACUGGAUGCGGCCAGCAGCAGCAUUGGCGCUUCCAUUUUCUUGUUCCGACUGAACCAUCGCAGCACAUGCAGUUGUUUGGCAAUGGCCGAGACUCGGCAGAGCUGGAUGGAGCUUCUCG